GGCGGCUGCAGCGAUGUCUCCGUCUCCUCCUCUCUCUCUCACACACACACCCCAACUCAACCCCCCCAGCUCACGUGACCAGCAACCCGGCCAGUUGAGCACCGGGAGGGAGAGAGCGAGCGAGCCCGCGGAAGCGACGCUGCAACAACAAUAAAGAGCGGCAAAAAAAUAAAAUAAAGGGAGGCCGGCGCGCGGACAGGACGCUCGGCGGGCAAAAAGUGGCGCGCGCGGCGGUAUCGGCCGCUGCAAGGCGAGCUGCCUGCAGGAGAGAGAGGGAGAGAGGGGGAAAACCCUCAACUCCUCCUUCUUUUUCGUCCGCUCGUCUGUUCCUGGGCGGGUGGGCCGCCCCCUUUCGGGGCUCGACGGCUCCCUCCACACACGCCCCACCAACCAGAGGAUGGCGGAUCAACGACGGCUCUUGUUGCUGCUUCUUCUGCUGCUGUUGUAAGGGCAGCCCUGGGGAGCAGCAGAGGCUGCCCCAGGAGCAGCAGCAGCGAGAAGGCGGGGAGGAAGCCAGCCGGGGCUUGGCGGGAAGAUGGCCAACGAGUCGCUUCAGAGUGAUCCAGGCAACUGGUCAGUGCUGGAGCAGCUGGGCCUGGACCAGAGCUCAGAUUUCUCAGACACCAGUGUACAGCAGAAGCUGGAUGAAGAAAAGGAGAAGAUUAAGCGUGAGAUUCGAAAAGAGCUGAAGAUAAAGGAGGGAGCAGAAAACUUGCGCAAGGCAACCACAGACCGUAAGAACCUCUCCAAUGUGGACAACUUGCUCAAGAGUUCCAACCGCAAGCUGGAGGCCCUGCACCACCAACUGCAGGAUCUCAAUGCACAUAUUGUCGUCAAAGACCCUGAAGAGUUGGGGGAUGCCCCACAAUCUCCAGGCAGCCUGAGCCGAUCAACAGCUACCAAGAACCGCAUUGCUGGCCUGGAGAAGCAGCUCAAUAUUGAGCUGAAGGUGAAGCAGGGAGCAGAGAACAUGAUACAGAUGUAUGCCAACGGUGCUGCCAAGGAUCGGAAGCUGCUGCAGACAGCCCAGCAGAUGCUACAGGACAGCAAGACCAAGAUCAAUAUAAUCCGCAUGCAGAUCCGCAAGGCUAUGCAGGCUGACGAGGUGCAGCUGAAUAUGGAAGAUGGGCAAGGUAACACUGACCUGAGCACCAUCGAGUUGAGGAUCGAAGAGCUGCGGCACCACUUCCGGGUGGAGCACGCCGUUUCUGAGGGGGCCAAGAAUGUGCUGCGCCUUCUGGGCUCCACCAAAGUUCAGGACCGCCAUGCCAUCUCUGAGGCACAGACUAAGCUGAAUGAGUCAAGCCAGAAGCUGGACCUUUUGCGGCACUCCCUGGAGCAGCGUCUAGCUGAGCUGCCUCAAGAUCACCCAAAGGGCUGCCUCAUCAAGGAAGAGCUCAUCCUGGCAUCCUCCCCGGCCUUCAGUGCCCGUAAUACCACUUCCUACCAGCACAACCAAUACAACACCCUCUCAAAGCCAUCUCCACUCACAGGGAUGCUGGAAGUACAGUUGUUGGGCUGCAGCGAGCUGUUGGAAUAUGUCCCAGGACGCACCCGUGGCUCCACUGUCUCCCUGCCGUGCAACAGCCCUGGUGAAGCGCGGCCAUCUUUCAUGAGCCGCAGCGGGCGAGGCCUGUACAGCCGAAGCGGCAGCGUAAGCGGCAGGACCACCAUCAAAUCAGAAGAUAAUAGCAAUGAGGUGAGUGCUGUGCUGAAGCUGGAUAAUGUAGUUGUCGGCCAAACGGCCUGGAAACCCAGCGGCCUACAAGCCUGGAACCAGACUUUCGCAGUGGAGCUGGAGAGGGCACGAGAGCUCGAGAUUGGUGUGUAUUGGCGUGACUACCGCAGUCUCUGUGCCCUGAAAUACCUGAAGCUGGAGGAUUUCCUUGACAACCAGCGCCAUGAAAUCCACCUGGAGUUGGAGCCACAGGGCAUUCUCUUGGCAGAGGUUACCUUUUUCAACCCUGUCAUCGAGCGCAUACCCAAGCUCCAGCGGCAAAAGAAGAUCUUCUCCAAGCAGCAAGGGAAAGCUUUCUUGCGCGCCCGCCAGAUGAACAUUGACAUUGCCACUUGGGUGCGACUCCUGCGGCGCAUCAUCCCCACAGCCAACACCACAGGCACUUACAGCCCUUCGACGCAGAUGACCCCAACAUCUGGCUCCGAAAGCAGGCACAGCCUCAACUCUGGGGACAUUGCCAUUGAGAAGCUGAGCUUGGAUGGGGACAGAAUUCAAAUCGAGCAGGUGGGCCAGGAUGACAGUGAGCUUCCUGGGAAGGUCUUGUUGACCUCACAAGUUGGGGAGGAGAUUCCCUUCCAGGUGGAGCUGGGCCCCGGAGGGGAGGCAAGAGGAUCUGAUGGUACUUUUCACAGCAGCCACCUGAGAAAAAUGCCUCUCACAUUGGAUGACUUCCGAUUUGUUGCUGUGCUGGGGCGUGGCCACUUUGGCAAAGUGCUGCUGUCUGAAUUGCACCGCACAGGGGAGCUAUUUGCUAUUAAAGCCUUGAAGAAGGGUGAUAUCGUUGCAAGGGAUGAGGUGGAGAGCCUGAUGUGCGAGAAGAGGAUCUUUGAGAUCGUGACCCAUGCGCGACACCCCUUCCUAGUGAACCUCUUUGCCUGCUUCCAGACACCCCAGCAUGUCUGCUUUGUCAUGGAGUACACAGCAGGCGGAGACCUCAUGAUGCACAUCCACACGGAUGUAUUCACAGAGCCACGUGCCACGUUUUAUGCUGCUUGCGUUGUGUUGGGGCUGCAGUUUCUUCACGACCACAAAAUUGUAUACAGGGAUCUGAAGCUGGAUAACUUACUGCUGGACACAGAGGGUUUUGUGAAGAUUGCAGACUUCGGCCUCUGCAAAGAAGGGAUGGGCUAUGCUGACCGUACCAGCACCUUCUGUGGGACUCCAGAGUUCUUGGCUCCUGAGGUGUUGACAGAUACAUCAUACACAAGAGCCGUCGACUGGUGGGGCUUGGGGGUCCUUAUCUACGAGAUGCUUGUAGGGGAGUCCCCAUUCCCUGGAGACGACGAAGAGGAAGUAUUUGACAGCAUCGUCAAUGACGAGGUGCGCUACCCCCGUUUCCUUUCCUCGGAGGCCAUUGGCAUCAUGCGCCGGCUGUUGCGGCGAAACCCAGAACGUCGCUUGGGCUCUAGUGAGCGAGAUGCUGAGGACGUGAAGAAGCAGCCAUUCUUCAGGAGCAUUGACUGGGAAGCCCUGCUGGCCCGCAAGAUCAAGCCACCGUUUGUGCCAGUAGUCAAGGGCCGCGAAGACAUCAGCAACUUUGACGAGGAGUUCACAGCCGAAGCGGCUAUGCUGACACCGCCCCGUGAAUCACGGCCCCUCACCCAAAAGGAGCAGGAUGCCUUCAAGGACUUUGACUAUGUUUCCAAUGUCUGCUAGCUCUAGGAGUUGGGGGGCAAGGAGAUUCCCACCCCCAAAGAAGAAAAAAACACACCACCACUGCCAGCCCUGUAAUGGGGCAGGGCUCUGCUCCACCAGUGACUCGAGACGCUUGCUAGCCCUGCUGUUAGCUCUGCGAGUGGAGCUGGGACAGCCCAGCAGCACUGCCAACUUCAUGGGUGUAGAGUUAACGUUCACCGACAUAUGCCAGCUCUGAGCCUAGACCGCGAAAGCCCCAGAAGUACUUCUGCACCCUUCAGGACACAGUAUCAUUCAUGCAGACACUCAGACACUGGCUAGCUCUAGGGGAGGGGCAGAGAAAGAGAUAGAAAGAAAGACGGCCAAGCCCAAUAGAACAGACGCUGUUGGCCCCGAGACUUGGGCAGAGGAGUCUCUGCGAUAGCAUGUGCUUAUCCACUGAUUCCCAAACUGCCUGCAAAAAUGAGCAAAUAGGCUUUCCCACGAAUAGAAAUCCAUAGGUGUUGGAGCCACAGAAGCCAAAAGGCCUUUCCCCAACCUAACAAAUGCCUGAGAUUUUUUUCCUUCCUUAAAAAACAAAAUAAUCUUCCAAAGAUAUGGCUUGCCCUUCUGGCGUUUUUGUUGAAACCCAAUGUUUGGAACUCCUAACCCAGAAGGGGAAACCUUCUUUGUCCUGUUUUGCACCACUGUCUUGCAUCUUUUCUCUAAAAAUGUACUGUAAAGGUUUGGUGGUUCAAACUUCAGUGGUGGACAAAUUCCCCUUGGCUCUAUAAUGGAACCGGCUCUGAAUGUGUAAGCUUUUGGGAGGAAAGCUUGCCUGCUUUGGCCCCCCAGAUUCUCUCCAGUUCAUAACAUUGGCACAUGUGUGCUGACAGCGCAAUGCAUAGGUGCAUUGUUAUAUUGCCCUUGCUGGGAAUCAUAGAAUGGUUUCACCUGCCCCAGUGCCAGCCAUGGCAGAAAUUCAAGCACACAAACAUGCCCUGAACAAAUUCACCUGAGGCCAAGGGGGGGUUUUAGGUCAAGAUAAGCGGGGGGGGGGGAGCCUUCUAACGUGCUUGCAAGAAACAGUCAGGAUCGUUGAUUGACCCAGGUAGAGGUGACACUUGCCAAACGAAAGGCUGCUUGGUUGGGUGGGCUUGGUCCACGUAGAUUACAGCAAUCUACAAGAGCUUGUUUCAUCAUGAAGUAGCAGUUAACAUUAAAGAACUUCUGUGCCUACUAAACAGCAGCUGACUUCUGGCACUUCUUCUGCCAACUGCUGGCCAUGCACACUCCUGUUUAACAUACAAAGCUGGAGAGGAACUUCUCAGGAGGAAACAACACUUGAUUCAUAAUCCAGCCAAGUAUCGCAAGCUAGACAGAAUAGUUCACUGAGCCCAGGUAAUAAUGAAUUUCAGAAACAUUUAUUAAUUCAAAUCUACCACUUGGAAAUCACCAUCAUGUCUUAAUGUUUUGUUGUUUCCAUCACAUGUCCCAGCUUUCGCAGCAACAUCUGCUAGCUGCCAUUCUAAGGGAGCGCAUCUCACGUAGGAAUAGGUGAUUGUUUGGGAACUCCACCCCCAUAUUCCGCUCCUGGUUUGCUUUUUAUUUUGGAGGGUAGCUUUCUAAAAAAAAACCAAAACCUUCCCCUUUUGAGUGCUGACAACAUCCUCCUUGCCCUGCUCUGCUAGGGAGAAAUUAGCUCACAGAAGGGUGAGUAAGGGGUUCUGCCUGGGCUUGAGCUUUGGCAGUUCAGAGAAAGGGGCAAUGUGCACCUAUAGGGAAGAGUUAGAGAACAGCCCUUGCUGGUGUGAGUGUGGCUCUGCCUGGGCCCCAAGCAAAUUCUCUUAUGAGUGCAAGAAGUUUGAUGGAGGCAACAUCUCCCCAUUAGUGGUCCUUGAUGGAAAUAUCCUGAGCAUAAAUGCUGCAGAGUUAUGUUGCUUCUUUCUCCCUUAGAUAAAUCUGUCCUGAGUACUUUUUGUUCAUUUCCUACGAAUGUUCCUGAGAUUCAUUAUAGAUAGAUAGAUAUUACAUAUUUUUUAAAAUACUGGCAAACUCUUGCCUGGUGCUGUGAGCUGCAUUCAAGAUAAAUGCUCUGUGGCUCAUAUCACAUGACCGCUAUGAUACCCUUUUAUAUGUGAUCAAUUUGGCGUAGCUACUAUUACCUGGUUCUCUACUUGGAUUUCUAAUGUUGAUUAGUAACCCUUCCCCAACCUGGUGCUCUCCCAGUGUUUUGGAUCACAACUCACAUUGGCCUCCUCUAAUACAGGUUGGCUUGGCCUGUUGGGAGUUGUUGCCAUCAGGUUGUGGAAGACAGAUUUAGAAGUUUCACUCUGCCCAUAAGCCUAUGUGAAAAGAAUGAGGAAACCCACCUUUUUUACUACAGUACUCUCAUCGGUUUCAUGUAUCAAAGGGUUAUUGAGAUCAUUGAACACAGAUUAGUUACUCUUUGAGUAUGCAUUCUUAAAAAGGCAAACCCAUUUCUGUCUUUUUGGCCAGGAGGUUAUAGCGGACAUCUCCCUAGUGUAUCAGCACAAGGGCUCAGGGCCUCCUUGUGCCUUCAGAACAGGGCAGGUUCCUGAACAUACUUGCAGCCUCCUACUUACUUUCAGGGGAUGUUCCUCUUAUUUGCAGUCUUCCCCUAUUUCAACUUCAGCUUUUACCAGGCUCAUGCAAUUCUGUUUUGAGACCAAAACACAGGAGUUGGGGGGCUAUUUGAAGAAAGAACUGAAGGUCCCGUCCCACAGGGGUUGGAGGGAGAGAAUUCCAGCUUUGCCUCUUAAAGGGGUACCAAAGGGUUUUGUAAAAGUUGCUGCCGCAGGAGAACUAGGGCCAGGGUUUUGUAUGGGGAGGGUAUUGCUCUGCCCCUUAGUCUCUCCUGAACUGAAGCAUAUGUGGCUUCUUGAAGCAGCUUGCAGUUUGUUUUCUUCUUCAUUCUUUUUUGGCCCUUGUAUGUAUAUUGGAUUCAUGCUGGUUGAUCUCCUUUCCUUUUAACACAAUCGACAAAUUUGAGCCUACUUGUCUUGAAUUGCAGUGCAACCUGCUUUAAAGUCAGGGCUUUUUGUUCGGUCCUAGAUUUGGGAGGGCUUGCUUUUAAGGCUUCUGUGUUUCAGCCUGUACUCUGGAAAGAGAGUAGUAGCUUCUGUUCCCAGAUACACUGUUAACUUCCUCUGUGCCUCUUUGCUUGCAUUGCCUCUUACAUCUUUCACAGGGCUACGUCCAAACUUAAGUAGCUUUAUGGAUUUUGUGCUAGGAGACACCAUCAUGCUGUGGACUUGAAACUUCGUCUUGCCUACUGAGUCUCCUACCUUACUGUAACUACCUCUGUUGCCUGACCAGAAUCGCACUGUGGCCACAAAAUGCUGUCUGGAUCUUUCACUUCUCUGCUUAUAUAAAGCUUGAGUUUUAAAGUG